AUGGAAGUAAAAAAUCAAAGUACCUCAAGUGAUUUUAUCCUUUUAGGGUUUUCGGAGGGACAUGUGAUGCUGUCAGUUUUAAUAGCUUUGACAUAUAUAACAAUUUUAAUGGGGAAUUUUGCCAUCAUUAGCAUUAUUCGGAUUGAUUGCCAUCUACAGACCCCAAUGUAUUUCUUUCUCAGUUUUCUAUCUAUAUUAGACAUAGGUUACUCUACAGUCACUCUUCCUGCCAUGUUCUUCAAUUUUGUAACAAACAAUAGAAAAAUCUCAUUCGGCAUGUGUUUCACUCAGCUGUAUUUCUUUGUCUAUUUUGGAGGGUCAGAAUGCCUUUUGUUAGCAGCUAUGGCCUAUGAUCGAUAUGUGGCAAUAUGUAACCCUCUGCGAUAUUUAGUGUUUAUGAACAAGAAAUUCUGCUCUUAUCUUGUCCUGGGAUGUUGCUCCAGUGGAUUCAUGAACUCAAUUCUUCAUACCUCAAUGUCAUUGCAACUCAACUUUUGUGAAGAUAGAAAUUUGAAUAAUUUCUUUUGUGAUGUUCCUCCAUUGCUGAACAUUUAUUGCACAAAUACACAGAAAAGCUAUUUUUUAUUGUAUAUUGUCAGUGUUUUCCUAGCGAUAACUCCAUUUAUGUGUGUCACAGCCUCUUAUACACGUAUCAUUGCCACAAUCUUCAAGAUUCCAUCUUCUGCAGGAAGACAGAAAGCCUUCUCUACUUGUUCUUCUCAUGUCAUCAUUGUUACGAUUUUCUAUGCAACAGGGUUUUUAAAUUAUAUUGGCCCUGCUCCUAGAGGUACAUUUGAAUUUAUGAUAUUAUCACCCUUGCUGUACAGUUUUCUGACACCUUUGUUUAAUCCAGUUAUCUAUUGCUUUAGAAAUAAGGAGGUUAAAAGGGCCUUCAACAAGCUCCUUUCAAAAUAUAUAUUUAAAGGAGCACUAUAA